AUGGCAAUGGCGUCCUCUGCAAGCGUAGCAGUUGGUGGAAGGGGAAGAGGAGGUCGUAUACGGGCCUUAACCAAAUCGAGGAAUGGGUUCAACUUGGAGAUGGAAGUAUUGAAAGACAGAUCGACCAAUGGGAUAGCAAAGAUCCCGAAAAAGGCUACCAUUCCGGCUUUGAAGGGAACGGAGGGAAAUAACUCAGAAAGUCAGGGAGCUGCUUGCGCUCAGGGGGAGCUCAGUAACAGGGGAAGCUCUGACCAGAAGAUGGAAUCUGUACGGCGGAUAGGUGCAUCUGUUGAAGGCAUUCGAGCCCGCUUGACGGUCCCGUCAAAGCAGUUCUUUUUGGGCUACGAAUCUUUCGUUUUUGGUAUCUCUCUCAAGAUUAUAGCUAGGGAACGAGAGCUACAGCUACCUUGUCUUAGGAUAGGAAAGGCAAGGACGGUCCGAUUAGAGGAGGAGAGAGGUGUUGGGGGACAGCCUUCCUCUUGUGGUGUUGUGGAGCGUUAUCUGCCUUUACGGGUUCAUCCCGCUAAGGAAAAGCUCCGGAUUUUGUUUGAGCCUUUCUCCCUACUCUUUAACCGGAAUAGCUAUAAGCGAGGAAUCGCUGGAAAAGGCAUGAUCACCGGCGAUACAAUCGAAGGAAGGAACGCCGGAAGAGGUCAAACUUCGCACAGCGUAGGACACAGCAAGACGUCAAAGAGUCAGAUCUUACGUCAGCAACAGCAACUCCAUCAACUACAACGACGUAGGCGAAAAGAGGCUUUCUUAGCUACCACGUCCGGGCAAGAGCUCGCCGCCUACAAGGCUGAUCCGAGGCAGCAGCAAGAUCCGGUAUCUCAAGAUGGAAAACCAUUGGGAGACCCAGUGUUUCCACCCUUCACUAAUCUCGACAUGGGAGAAGGAGUCACGGCAGCUCCUAUAAUAGUUCCGAGUCGGACAGAUGAAGGGACCAGCUACAUUCACCAGCAGCUCAACAGGACAAAUACAGCUACCCAUCCACCAUACUAUGAGUUGCACUACUCAUGA